AUCAUCGUUGUUCUCGCACGGAAAAUAAGAUAAACGCAAACGGCGCUCCCGUUUCUGUGCGCUUCGUCAGCUGUAGGUGAUAAAAACCAAGUAAAUCGUGUUUGGAAGCGGAAGAAGACUCAUCGAGUCAUCGGCGUGCAAGUGCAUUGUCAGGUGCUGGUGGCCGCUCCUUUCUUUCGCGGACAGAACCUCCAAUCGCGUAGCUCGGCAGUCCUAGAGCCCAAGUCGUGUCGUGCAGGCUUUGAGCAAUCGCUAGCUGAACCGAUAAGCGGCCGGAAAAAGAUGGAAACCACCAACGGCACGCUGGAUCACGGCGAUACGGAACAAACGCAAACGCAAUCAGCAUUCGACAAUGUUGACAUCACAUCGCCGGACGAGGAAAACGAGAACGACAUUUUCGAGUCCGCGAUUCAGCAGGAACCAUUAUCGCCCGUGCUGGAGGAUGUACCGACGGACGAAGCAGGCGAUGCAUUUAUCGAAAUUAGCGUUUCCGACCCGCAGAAGGUGGGCGAUGGAAUGGGCUCGUAUUUGGCGUACAAGGUGUCCACAAAGACGAACAUACUGAAGUUCAAAAAGCGCCAGUUUUUCACCAUGCGCCGCUUUAGCGAUUUCCUCGGUCUGCACGAUCUGCUCGUGAGCAAGUAUCUGCGCCUGGGGCGCAUUAUACCGCCGGCCCCGGAGAAGAACAUUAUCGGCACGACGAAAGUGAAAAUGGGUGGCCAGGGGGGUCAAGCCGAAACCGGUACGGCAGGCGUCAACGUGGAGUGGAUCGAGAAUCGACGAAAAUCGCUCGAGCGCUUCCUGAACAGGGUCGCCCAACAUCCGGUGCUGUGUCAGGAUACGGAUUUUGUAAACUUUCUCGAGAGCGACCAAGAGUUGCCCCGGGCCGUCAACACGGCUGCGCUGAGCGGAGCCGGCGUCAUGCGGCUAUUCAACAAAAUGGGCGAAACGGUAAACAAGAUCACGUACAAAAUGGAUGAGAACGAUCCGUGGUUCAAUGACAAGAUCAACGAAGUCGAAACGAUCGAUGCGCACAUGCAGAAACUCCACUCAGCGAUCAAGGCACUGGUGACACACCGAAAAGAGCUAGCCACGCUGACGGGUGGUGUGGCAAAGUCGGCUGCCCUGCUGAGCACGUGCGAGGAGCACACUGGCCUCUCGCAAGCCCUGUCGCAACUGGCCGACGUUGAAGAGAAAGUGGAACUGCUGCGCUCGGAGCAAGCGAACUCGGAUCUGUACAUUCUGUCGGAGACAAUCAAGGACUACAUCGGACUGUUCGGUGCAAUCAAGGACGUAUUUCACGAGCGCGUGAAGGUGUUCCAGAACUGGCAGCACGCGCAAAUACAGCUGACAAAGAAGCGCGAAAACAAGGCAAAGCUCGAGCUGCAGGAGCGACGUGAUAAGCUGGAAUUUGCCCAGAAGGAGGUGGAAGAGUGGGAAUCCAAGGUGCAACGGUGCCAGAAGGAAUUCGAUAACAUCUCGAGCGAAAUCAAAAAGGAGAUGGAACGCUUUGAACUGGCGCGCGCCCGUGACUUCAAAUCUACCAUUAUCAAGUAUCUAGAGGACCAAAUGGCACACCAGCAGCAGCAAAUGAAGUACUGGGAAGCUAUCGUCCCGGUUGCCCGUGAUAUUGCAUGAGAGGACGCGAACGCGACGAAUCCGCCCAUCCCUACGUACUAUGACGACGAUCACGAUGGCCACGGCGGUGAGCGUGUUCCGCCGGCAGACCGGCGUUUGUGUUUGUCGAUCAAUUUAGCCGAUUCCAACGCCAGAAUGUCGUAGACUGCAAUGCGCCCGACAGACAGUUGAUAAAUGGUGUUCUAGGUCUAAGAUGUUUUUCUUGACAACCGAGGGUUGUAAACCACUCGGGGUUGUUCAGGCGUAAGAACAAAAGGUUCUUGUUUCUUUCGUUAAGUUUUUCUCUUCUCUCUUUGCUUCUCUAUUAAGACGAAACUUACUAUUAACUGCGUAGGUCCGUAAUUGCGGUACGGAGGAAGUUUAUUACCAUUGCGCUCUGAAAGUAAACGGAAGGCAUGAGAAAAGAAACUAUCAAAGUUGACAUUAUAUCGAAUUCAAAUGACCAAACGUGAUCUAAGAUGUAAAUAAUCCAAUAGUAAACAUUUAUAAACCACAUGAAAAGGAAUCCCGCAAAGCAUAGCAGCAAUAGAUCACGCUCGAUCUGUAUUAGAAACUGUUGAAAGCAUUCAGCAACUUACGUCUCCUGAAUAACUACCCUGACGUUAUUUACACUUUACUCUUCUCCCGUUCAUUUUGGAUCGAACAAACUUCUGGUCAUAAUUUUCCGCUUGCGAUGUACAUAAGAAAGACUCCGUAUUGAUAUAGUCAAGAAAAAACAAACAUUACCCUUAAACAUGUAUUCCGUGAGACGUAAGCGGUAGUUAAAAGUAGAACCAAAGUUUACAAUGCUACGAUUUGAUGCCUCCAGUUAGAGCCGGCACUGGAAACCAUUUUGCUGGAGCGUCGAUCUCACAAUGGUUUCUACUACUCUACGUUAAGUUUGGUUUCCAACAAUCAUUUGCCGCCGAACAAUAUCCAUUUCUCGGCGAAGUUGCGCUGACAAUGAAACAUGUACAGUUAUGUUUCGUUUCGAUGUUUUGUGUUUGCGAGUAUGACCCGCUCCCUGUUUCGGCAAAGGGCGAUCCAUUUUGCAAAUUUGCCCAUCUCGCCAGUUCAUCUCAAAAUAUCCUUACUCUUUGAAAUUUGUCACGUAACGAUGAAGUAUUAAAUGAUCAAAACUUAUUAGGUUCUUGUCGAACUUUUUGUUCGAAGAGCAAAUGCGAACGGAAGGAAUUUUGAGGUGAAAUUCGGUAAAAUUUUCCAGUUUCCAGUGAAGGGUCUGAGGCAUCCCACAAAGGUCUUUCGUCGCUUCACAAGAUGUGCAUAGGUUAGGCAAUACGUGCGCGAGUUAUGAUGAAGAUAAUCGAUAACAUUUCCUCUUACACUUUAUUUGGAUGCAACUGCGCAGCGUUAUACGAAGAAUUUUAAAAACUGGAAAUGAAUCAAUAGGUAGAACUGCGGAGGGAGUGCCGAGCAAAAAGAUAAGAGUAGUGUAAAACCCACACGGUGUCCUCAGUUCGUUUCCGUGUGCUCGAACUUUUGUUCUCAUGUUUUGUGUAUAAGAUUAUCAUAGAUUUCCACACUCUAUGCUGUGCUUAGAUGUUGAACUUAGCAAGGAGAAAAGAGAAAAUAUUUUGUGCUAAUCAGUGCAUUGUGCUGGCAUCGUUUUUUGUUUUUCAAAAUAUAACGGGAAGGGCAAAGGAUAUGAAACAAUUGAAUCACUACUGCGCAUACCUGAAAUGGAAGAUAUGUUGGCAUAUUGUUCUUAAUCAUCCUCCCCAACACUACGUCACGAUCACCUCGAUUCACUGUGAUCACUGUGACCGUUACGAAUAACUGCGUUUGCAGCGUGUGGCUACACAGGAAAAGCAUUACACAAUCAGAACCGGCUUUAGUUCUAUCGUAGAUCAUCGACUGGCUCGACUUUAAUUCCUGCCAACCCAGAGGUGUCAGCAGACAUUCUGUGCCGUUUUCUUAUCAAAUUCUUUUAAGCUUAGAGCAUUCCAACACACUGUUGUCGUAGGUUAUUUAUCUUUUCGGUUUUCGAAUACUGUUUUUGUUGAUUCAUACGACCGAAGGAAUAGGAAUGGUGAAUCAUUUUCCUGCUAAAUAUCGGCCCUUUACUGUUCGUUUAAGGUUCAAAGCACUUGUGCAACCGAUAUUGACUAGACUGCCUCUGCGUCAUCACAACAAUCACUGCUGGGGUUAUGUAUUCAAACAGUCCGCGUAAAAUGAUAAGCGUACAUCAAGAAGAUAGCUGUAAUCAGUGACCCCAACGCUACUAGACGCUAUACCACGACUUUAUGUACGAUACACCACUCGAGCUUUCUCCUGCAGCAUCGUGUGAAAUCGAUUAACAAGAAAUAUCUGUUGAAUGCAUUUGAUUUUUGGAGCCUGUGUCGCGCCAUGUUCUCGAACGCUCACUCGCUCUCGAAUACAGCGCUGCACCCGCGAAGAGGCGCUUCGACAACGCACGACACAACCGCAAGAGAAAGGUGUUCAUUAGCGAGCAAAUGCAAAAGAUACAAAACACGUGAGAACUGUUAUAAUUUUAAGAGCUAUGUUUAAAAAAAUAAUAUAUAUAUAUACAUAUAU